AUGAGUCAAUUUCAACUCUUCCCACCACCUACACCAGAGGUCAAAAUCUCCAAGAAUCCCUUUCGAAAGGGAAACAAGAAGCCAUUAAAUACACAGCCCCAGAGUCCAAUUCCUCUGGAAGAUCUAGACAAUACCGCCAAAGCAGAGUCGGCGCUCUUCCAGAUCAUCGAAGACACCAACGGCGGCCAACGACCUUCUAAGUCCCGUGUGCCCAAGUCAAAAUCCCCAGCCUCCAUUCCAAGCUCGACUCAAGAUGUCAAGUCCUUGGAGACUCUGCGCAGUUUGAGUCGUCAGAAUGAUCGACCAGCGCGACCGUCGGACGACACUGGGUCCACGACCCUCGUGGGAAGCAGCAGCAGUGUGAGGUCGCACUCUUUCUCUCAAGAGCCUCUACAGGAAUCGAGCUCGCCUGUUAUUCCUAUGAGAUCAAUGUUUCCUCGUUAUAAUCCAGAUGUGCCGCUCAGCCAGCAGCAAUACUACCCUAAUUCCUCAAACGAGACUUCUCGAGCCAAACCUAGGGGGCUUACUCUUUCACCAGCACCGGAAAUUGAUGAUUCUCUGGGACCUAAGACUGUACCGGCAAGCAUCAUGAAUUUCCCAACUGGCGUUCUUGAUUCGGUGGAGAUGCAGUACUCUUCUGCAGCAGAGCUCAAAGGUCUGUGGGAGGCGGCUAACGGUCAACGACCACAAAAUCCCAUCGGGACUUACAAUUUAUGUAUGGCAAGGACUAAUACUGCUAAAUUUACAUUUGGUGACCCGGAAUCGCCGUUCUACACGUUGGAGACAUAUUCCACCAACGAACUGGCGAUUUCUAGGGCAGACCCUUCCAAGCCAAAUAACAAUGUGCCUAUCAUGAUGCUUAGUCUCGAAAACAGACGUCGCCGGGAGCCCCCUAACGAUGGACUGGUGACAUCUUUAUUUUCCCGACUGGCUGCCAUGCUGGCCAUUGAACAGGCUGAAGAAUUGUCGAGGCAACACCAGCUCUCCCCGGCAGAAGCCAUCGAAGUUGAGGGAAAUGCACUACAGCGAGCAGCUACCCAGGAGUCCUGUCGAUUGUCGUGGAACCACCAGCAACGAUUGUAUGAGCUGCAACACCAAUCAUCGAUGUCCAAGCAACCGCAGCAACGACAACCUCUGGUUGGAGCUGCCGGUGUUCCCUUGUCUCCCAUGCGAGCGAAAUCUACGGGGACACUUCACAUUGCAGUGUCGAUCCCAUGUAGUGAAAAGCGCCGUCAGCCGCCAACUAUCAUUGCUACGACUCCAAUCUCCUCUAAUGCGACGGAGGCGGCCAGUUUGGCUGCCACACCUCGAACAUCGACACUUCCCCUCACCGACUUGGAUGAACCUCUUGCGUCUUUGGACUUGGGAACCAUGACGCUUUCUAUUUCCGCAGCCGCCAUUGUAGCCACAAUCCCCUCAUUGUACGCGAUUGACUCGCUGGUCGCAGCAAUGCUCGCCGUUGCUGUCUCUGAUGAAGCCACAAAUCCAGUCUUAGCGGAUAUGGAGCUCUACAGCAACCAGGGACCUUCAGCGUCUACCAUCCCACGCUUCCAAGGGAAACUAGUCACAACCCUAGCGGAACGGGAAGACGACGCCCAGGCCGACGAGCUCGUAUCAAGGGUGAAAUCGAAGGAUGCGGAAACAUCCCCUGAAACCAAAAAGGGAUUAUUCCAAUGGUGCAGCCGGACCAAGUCCAAGAAGACCAAGAACAAAAAGAUAGUAAUUGAAGAGUUCGAUCUGGAAAAGUAUGGCCGGUACGGACACAGUUCCUCGCGGGAGGGGGAAAAACUACCUAGUGCUACGCGGGGCGUGUUACGGAUUCUCUUUUGGGGGUUGGAUCUUGUCGUGCGCGGUCUGACACUGAUCGUCAAGGUAAUCGCUUGGAUUCUGGUAUCGAUGACACGCUGCGUGACUAGUGAGAAGUUUUAA